UGUGGGAGUAGUGAGCGAAGUUGGGAUGGAUUUUUAGAGAGUGACACGGAGUUUGAAUUUUGUGUUGUAAAUGUCGAGGCCAUAGUUGAAGAAGAAGAAACCCAAAAGGAGGAGCCUACUCGUAAUGUUCUUACCAUGGUGGUCCCACUUGAGCGAUUCCAGGCACCUGAGGCCCCUGAUCCUGAAAUACUUGUUGAUUAUACUAAUGAGAGUGAUGCAGGAUAUGUGCUAAUUUCUUGUUCGAACGAUGUGUUCUUUGAAGAUUAUAUCACAUUUUGGUGGCCACGAGAGUUUGAGGCGAAGUUGGGAUGGAUUUUUAGAGAGUGACACGGAGUUUGAAUUUUGUGUUGUAAAUGUCGAGGCCAUAGUUGAAGAAGAAGAAACCCAAAAGGAGGAGCCUACUCGUAAUGUUCUUACCAUGGUGGUCCCACUUGAGCGAUUCCAGGCACCUGAGGCCCCUGAUCCUGAAAUACUUGUUGAUUAUACUAAUGAGAGUGAUGCAGGAUAUGUGCUAAUUUCUUGUUCGAACGAUGUGUUCUUUGAAGAUUAUAUCACAUUUUGGUGGCCACGAGAGUUUGAGGGUCUACGCCAUCUGACGGCAUACCUGGAGGAUAAGGUGGAAGCACUAAUGAUGAGUGCCCCACAAUUGACAUGCAUAGCUGAGAGUUCUCUCUCAAACGUCAAGCUAGUGACGUUAAAGAAGC